AUGUCUGCUGAAAAUCUUCAGCCAUCAGGAACAUCACCUCCUCCUCACCCUUCCACAAUUUUCCACCAUUCCGCGCAGACCUUAUCUUCAGAGGAAGAAGGUACUGAGGGAGAUGAGGAGAAUUCAAUGGAAGAAUUUUUAUUUCUUGAAAAGGAAGAGUCUCUGGAGGAAGAGCAGUACCUGGAGGAGGAGGAAAAUUAUCUGAAAGGAAAGGAGUAUCUGUAUGAACAGGAGUAUCGGAAGCAGGAAAAGUAUCUACAGAACAAAGAGCUUCUGGAAGGGAAAAUGUUUCUGUAUGAAAAGUUUCUGGAAGAGGGUGAGUAUCUGGGGAGGACGUCCCAUAGAUGGCCACAGCUCUGGGCUCCUAACCCAGCCGCUGUCUGGAGGUGGACUGACCCCUUGCUCCCCUCUGCUGAUGACAUCCCUCGGGUGACCACCUUCUUUGCUGCCCCUCCUCCCACCCCCGAACCUGCCAGCAGCAGGCCUCUUCUUGGCGACACGAUGCCAUCUACAUCCUUUGUGAAGAGCGUUGGAGAGUUUCUGGCCUUGCAGGACCAGAGCACGCAGACGGAGUGGAUCUGUGAAAGCAAGCCAGACCCCCCUCAAAGAAAGAGCAUCGGCAAAGCUGCGACCAGCUCCUAUCAGUCCGUGUUCAGGACUAUGCUCAAAGAAAUGGCUGCUCGCAACGAACUGGAGGAGGAGGAUAUUAACAUUCCCCUGACUGGUCAUCUGGAGAGUGAUACCAGAAGGAAACUGGGAAUCCUGUUGAAGAAAAAUUUUGAAAAAUACAAGGAAAUGAUCCUCUGGAUUAUGAAGAAACGAGAAAGUAAGAACCCCUCUCCCAUCUUCCGUCACGUUCUCUCCGACACCUCCUCCAACACUGUGUUGGCCCCAAAGCGCCGGAAGCGCCUCCUGCCGCUGCGCCCCCUGGUGGUCGGACACGCGCCCAGAGUCCCUGGGAGCGACUUACUCAACCCAAGGGCUACAGAGGCUACUUUCACAUUUCACUUAUGUAAUCUCCCACCACAAGAUGAGGAGUCUGAGAAAGAAGAAGUAGUCAAAAAACCUCAUCGUAUUGUUCGCCAUAAGAAGACACUAGAAAUAGACACAGACUGGAUCAAGAGCAAGAUUAAUGUACAUCGAGGUGAUGGAAAAAUUAUUCUCUACCCCAGUGAGACUGUCUUCCAAAUUCUCUUUCCUGAUGGAUCAGGCCAGAUAUAUUAUCCAUCAGGACACCUGGCUAUGCUCAUCCUCAGUAUAAAAGAGGGAAAGUUCACAUACAUCAUCCUGGAAGAUGGUGAAAAUACGUAUCUCCGGGCCCUUAUCAACAACUCUGGCCAUGCCACCUUCUAUGAUGAAAACGGAGACAUCUGGCUGAGCCUGAGCCAAAACCUGGGCUACUACUUUGCCAAAGACAAGUACCAGAAGGCCUGGAACUGGUGGGAUCUGAAUCUCCACGUCCACGCGCCCCCCGUGCAGCCCAUCUCCUUGAAAAUCAACCGGUACAUCAAGGUACAAAUAAGGAGCCAGGAUAAGAUCAUCUUCCGCUUCACCCACAAAAAGAAGCACAUUUGCUUAAACCUGGGCACCAAGUACAAGUACAUUAUCCCGGAGGUGCUGAGUGAAAUGAAGAAGAAGGCAGUCCUGGAGAUGGAAAUCAGUCCAAUGGCUCAGAAGAUCCAGAUCCUUCUGGGAAAAAUGAGUAAGAUGCUGAAUACACGGACCACCUCUGAUUUGGAAAGCUUCAUACAGAGCAUCAAGAUCUUGCCAACAAGACGAUACAAGCUGCAGGAGGAACACUCAUCUCCCAAGCUCGGGCAGUCACCAAGUCGUGCUGCUUCGGCAUGUGCUGAAUGUUCUGGGGAAGUGGAGUUGUCAGAAGCCCAGAGGAAACCCCCAAAGCCCUAG